GCCUAAUGUCAGUUCCCCUGAUCCCAGGCCAGGCAGUUAUAAGUCCACCUCCCUAGGCCAAGAGAACCUAGAAGGAAACAAGGUGGGCCGCCAUGUCUUCUUGGAGCAGACAACGACACCAAAGUCCAGGGUUCUUUGACCCCCAUCUUUCCAGAAUGCUGUUUCUGCUGCUGCUAUCUGUGGCCUCAGGCCAGGGUGUCACCCAAAACCCCAAAGAUUGCCUGGUGUUCCAGUCCGAAAGAGGCAGUUCCAUCUCCUGUCACUCGCCUGCUGAGCUCCCCAGCUAUCUCCCAGCUGACACUGUCCACCUGGUCGUGGAGUUCUUCAACCUGACCCAGCUGCCAGCCAACCUCCUCCAGGGCGCCUCUAAACUCCAAGAAUUGCACCUUUCUAGCAACCGCCUGGAAAGCCUCUCGGCCGAGUUUCUUCUUCCUGUACCACUGUUAAGGGUGCUUGAUCUAACCCGUAAUGCCCUGACAAGACUGCCUCCAGGCCUUUUCCAGGCCUCAGCCGCCCUGGACACCCUGGUGUUGAAGGAAAAUCAGCUGGAAGACAUUGAGGCCUCCUGGCUGCAUGGCUUGAAAACACUGGGGCAUCUGGACUUAUCCGGUAACCGCCUUCGGAAACUGCCUGCUGGACUGCUGGCCAACUUCACCCUCCUGCACACUCUUGACCUUGGUGACAACCAGCUAGAGAUCUUGCAACCUGACCUUCUGAGGGGCCCUCUGCGUUUGGAACGACUGCAUUUAGAGGGCAACAGACUGAAGGUGCUUGGGAAGGAACUGCUCGAGCCACAGCCAGACCUGCGUUACCUUUUCCUGAACAACAACAAGCUGGCCAAGGUGGAAGCUGGCACCUUCCAAGGCCUACGGCAGCUGGACAUGUUGGACCUAUCCAAUAACUCUCUGGCCAGUGUGCCCAAGGGGCUCUGGGCACCCCUAGCGCAGCCUGGCAGGGACAUGCAGGAUGGCUUCGACAUCUCCAAUAACCCCUGGAUCUGUGACCAGAACCUGAAUGACCUCUAUUGCUGGCUUAAGGCCAAAAAGGACAAGAUGUUUUCCCAGAAUGACACACGCUGCGCUGGACCCAAAGACAUGAAGGGACAGACACUCCUGGCAGUGGCUGAGUCCCAGUGAAGCCUGGGGCUUGGGGAGGGGUGGGGACCUGACAGAACAUGGCACCCCACUUAGCAAAUAAUAGCAAAUAAUUCCAUCUGCUCCUGGUGAGAGUCAAGGCUUUCCAUGGCUUCAGGGCCCUGUGACCAUGCAUCCUGGUACACCCCAUAGAUUCUCCAUACCUUCCUGCCUUUGCCCAAGUUGUACCCUUUUCCCUCAUGCCUUUUCCUAUGUCCCAGAUCUCUUGGUAUCUGGGUUCCCCCAGUCCCCAUCCCUCCCUCUGGACAAGCCCUGGACACACUGGGGUUUUUUUAAUGUGGCUUUGUCUUCCCAGUUUAGGGGGCUCUCUGAGUGCAGGGUCUGAGAUUGAUUCCCAUGUAGCUUGCGGGCAGAACUGAGGGGUUUAAUAAAUAACUGUUGCAAACUAAA